GAUACUCAAACCGGUUUGAGGUAAAGACGCCCGCGCCUACUCAGAAACCUUUCGACAGAGGAAGAAAAGGUUAAGAAAAGUUUCUCUUUGGAUCUUAUUCACUCCUCCCAAUAGCUUUGAUUUGAAGAGCUCUACGUCUUCUUCCUCCUCCCAGAUGGGUGAGCUAGUAGCUGACAAGCAUGUACGUUACAUUAUCAUGGCAGAAAAGAAGAAAGAGAGUUUUGAGACACUGGUGAUGGAUCAUCUAAGAAUGAAUGGUGCUUACUGGGGACUCACAACUCUAACCUUACUCGACAAGCUUGGCUCUGUUUCCGUCGAUGAAGUGGUUUCAUGGCUCAUGACGUGCCAGCACGAAUCUGGUGGCUUUGCAGGAAACACUGGACAUGAUCCACAUGUUUUAUACACACUGAGUGCUGUACAAAUAUUGGCCCUCUUUGACAAACUAGACAUUCUUGACGUUGGAAAAGUCAAAGCAUGUCUGUAGGGCUUCCCUUCUUGAGUACCCUAGAGUCAAAGCAAUAGAUCCAGCCUACGCUUUGCCUGUUGAUGUCAUCAACCGGAUCAUACUCAACAACUGAAGGCAGAUAAUUGCACUGAUAUAACACUAAUAUGGUCAAUAUGAAGGCAGGUCCUGGACCACAUUCUCCAUAUCAGAAACAGUAGAGUAUCUCUUUGCUAGCUUCAACAGCUGCUACUGCAAGGUCUAGGUGAAGAUCUGAGUCCCUCUAGUGUUUCUCAAGCGAUGCUAACUUCAUUGUGGCUUAUGAUUGUAACCAAUUUAUUUUCAAGUACUCUGAAUGUUUAUGGUUCCUUUUGAUUAUUUGUUCAUAUAACACUAUAACACUAUUGUCCCUCUUUAAGCAUUUCUUUUAAGGCUUUUGCAUGAAAAUUUUGAAAAUUGUAAUGUUAGAAUUAAGGAUUUGAAUGUC